AACAACGAUAUCAAUUGUAACGCUUACUGGUCUAUGGCUCCAAAGUGUAAGAGGACACACUGGAGAAAUCCAAGAAUGACAAAGGGCGUGUUUACAGCCGACAUUCCAUGGGGCAUGAAAGAAAAUUCUUCACUAUCAUUGACGGGACUCACAACUCAGGGCAGAUUUACCAUUGUUCUCGGAGAUGCGAAACCGUCAAGUCCAGAAAAUAUCGAGCAGACAUUUCUGUUUCACCUAGAUGCACAGGUUUCAGAAACGAAGCUUAACUAUUCUUUCCGUAAAGGGUCAAUGGAAGAUGUGCCGAUGGAACAGUCUUGGAACACGAACACUUCUGUCCCGUUUCGUCUGGACAUACAUAUAAUGAAGGGCGAUUUCGAGUUUUGCAUCAUGAAAGGGAAUAUCCAACAGUGUACCAACCAAAAGAAUAUGAUGAACGUGGCGGACGUAAAAGCGUUCUCAAUAUUUAAGGAUUUUAUGAUUGAAUCAAUUGCCUUACACCUUGACUGAAAUCAAAAUGUGCCAUGUACAGAGGAAUGUGGUAUUUGACAGACAGUCUGCGAAAAUUAUUUGUCAUUUGUGGUUUAUUUCUCAUAUCGGCACAUAACAAUCUUAAAUGAAUAUGCUCAUGUAAACCUUUCCAUCCUCCAUCCCCACUCAUCCGAGAAGCUCGGUGCAAAUCAAUGUAUAAAUUAUAGCAUAUUAUCAUAUUCUUGAAAUUAAGACCAAGUGUGAUAAUUUGUAAACAAGUACUUGAUAUUUAUCACGCAAAUGAAUUUCGACGUGUUUGAAUUCUUGCAUAAAAUACAACACCAGAUAACGGCCCCUAAGCGUUCCGGUUUGGAUCUUCGUCUUCAGGAACCCAUGCUUGUCCUAAAAGGCGUCUAACGGCAUUUUAACGAACUACCUGGCAGAGUAGAAUCUGUCAACAGCCUCAUACAUUAUUCUGUUAUAUUCUGAUAAAUUAAAAUGCUGUUUUCCUGUGUCUAUAUGCGAGCGAGUGAGUUCAGUUUUACGCCGCACUCAGCAAUAUUCCAGCUAUGUGGCAACGGUCUGUA